AUGUUUUUUAUGCCUUCUUGUUCUAAAAUACAUUUUGUUCUCUCUUUUCGCUUUCGCACAUAUUUCAUAUUCUCUCUUUUUUUACUUAUAUGUUCUCCUCAAUUUCCUUUUUUUUCUCUCUCUUUUCUCUUCUGUUUAAAUUACAUUUUCACUCCUUUUAUACCUUCUUGUUCCAUUGACAUUUUAUUUUUUCUAUUUUUCUCUUCCGUAGAAAUAAAUUUCAUUUUUCUGCCGUUUCACUUAUAUUUUUAUCUUUCCAUUUUCGCGCCUUUUAUUCUUUCUUUUCUACUCGCAACUAAUUUAAUUUUUUCUCUCCUUUUUCUUAUAUUUUUCUUUACGUGUCUAUUCUCUGUGUCUUUUAUUCUCAUUUUCAGUUCUCUACUGUCAUUUUUCCGCCUUUUUAUUUAUUUUCUUUAUUUUUCCAUUUGCCGCAUUUCAUUUUCUUUCCCGCCUUUUUUUUUCUAUUUUUUUCUUUUAUUUUUUGCCAUUUUAUUCUUUUUUUUUUCUUUACAGAUUUCAUUUUUCCGAUUUUUUUUUUUUUAUUUUCUCUUCAUUUUUCCAUUUUCCUCGCAUUUAUUCUCUCUUUUCUUUUUUCAUUUUCCCGCCUUUUCUUCUAUUUUGUUCCUUUAUUUUUCCAUUUUUGGAGCAUUUUCUUUUCUUUUUUUUCCCCUUAUUUUUCUAUUUUUCGCACAUUUUUCUCUCUUUUCUACUUCAAUCGACCUUUCCUUUUUUCCUAAUUGUCUACUUUUCAUUCAACCUUUCUUUCUUCCUCUAAUUUUCUGUCAUUCUUUGUAUUGUUCUUUCUUUCUUUCUUUCUCUCUUUCUUUCUUUCUUUCUUUCUUUCUUAAUAACAUUAUAUCAACAUUUCUUUCUGCUAUUUUCCUUAAAUCUUUCGGUCUUCCUUUCUUUCCUUCUUUCUUGCUUUCUUUAUUGUUUUCGUUUUUCUUUCUUCAUUUAUUCACUUUUUUAUUCAUUUUUCAGCGCAUCCAUGUCUUUUUUUUCUCGCUUUUUCGUAUCGAAUUUUAUUCCUUCUCUUCUUUCUUCUGUCUUUAUUUAUUUGUCUUUCUUUCUUUCUUCAUAGCUUCUUCCAUAUCGUUUCGAAUUUUUUUCUUUCUUUCUUUUUUUCUUUGUCUCUUUCUUUCUUCUUCGCGUGUUCGUUUUAAAAUUUUACUUUUUCAUUCAUUAAUUUUUCUUUCUUUCUUCUUACCUUACUUAUACCAAACUUUCUAUUUGUCUUUCUUUUUAUUUUCUACUUUCUUUCUUUCUUUCUAA